AUGGAUUCUACUGCGCCCCACGAUGACAUCUCCGUUGGAGAUGUGUUCACCCCGCAAGCCGACAUUGCGCAGCCCUGCACGAAUAAUUCGACCAAUCAACAUGCCCCGGAUGUCCACAUGGGAGACCGGCUGUCGCCGCGCAAAGAUAUGGCCAAUUACCUAACUAAUCGAGAUGGCGACAUGAAACCACCGGCUUUGGGCCCAAACCUGCUGACCGGAAAGGCGCGCCGAAAGAAGAAGAAGAAGCAGGCAAGCCAAGCCGACCCAGCUCGAUCGACCGUACACGGCUUCACACCAUUGGCGUCGGCUGAUGAAGACUCGGAUUUCUCAACGACAAGCUCGCGCGCCCCGAAUUCUGGCAGUGCUACUCCUGUUAGACGAACCAGUCCCCGUGGUGGUCACGGAGUCAGCGCACUGAAGCUUCAACUCGAUUCACUGAGCCUUUCGAACAAACCUACUGCGGGUUCCAGUGGGCUUUGUUCCGAGACUCCUAGCAAUGCGAGUGUGUAUUCCGACAGCGACCAGACCGAGAUCUUGACGAGCUAUGAAGUGCCUCUGGACCAGGACUUUGUCAGUGCGGAAGCGGUCGACGAAGAGACGGAUAGCCCAGGGACAGCUGUGACCAUGGAUAUGCGACGCCAGAUGUGUCGCAAGAUGACUGCGCAAGACUUCGAGCCUAUUCUCUGCCUCGGCAAGGGCUCGUUUGGAACUGUGAUACUGGUGCGACACGUUAUCACCGGCAAGCUCUACGCCCAGAAGCAGUUCCGAAAAGCCUCGCUCACCGUGCACAAGAAGCUUGUGGAGCAAACCAAGACGGAGCGCACGAUCCUAGAGAGCGUCAACCGACACCCGUUUGUGGUCAAAUUGUUUUAUGCUUUCCAAGAUCAUGAGAAGCUUUACCUGAUUCUGGAGUACGCUCAGGGUGGCGAGCUGUUCACCCAUCUCGCCAUGGAACGCAUGUUUGACGAAGAUGCCACCGCCUUUUACAUGGCUGAGAUGGUGCUCGCCUUGGAGCAUCUGCACCAGAACGUUGGCGUCCUCUACCGCGAUCUCAAACCCGAGAAUUGUCUUCUGGACCGCGAGGGUCACCUGCUGCUCACCGAUUUCGGUCUGAGCAAGAUUGCUCUCAACGAUGACGAACGCUGCAAUUCUUCCCUAGGAACCAUCGAAUAUAUGGCACCGGAAGUCGUGCAAGGCAAGCCGUACGGCAAAGCUUGCGACUGGUGGUCCCUCGGUGCACUGGGCUUCGACCUCCUCACUGGCUCCCCGCCCUUCCGCGCAAACAACCACGCCAAAUUGCAAGAGAAGAUCAUCAAACAGAAACUUGUCCUUCCCUAUUUCCUUGGACCGGACGCCAAAGACCUUCUCACUCGCCUGUUGCGCAAAGAUCCAGGAAAGCGCUUGGGUUACCACAUGCCCAAGGACCUGGUCACCAUCAAGAAACACCGCUUCUUCCGCAAGAUCGACUGGGCCGCCCUUGAACGUCGUGAGGUCGAGCCUCCAAUUCGACCCAUUGUCACUGAUCCGGCUCUCGCUGAGAACUUCUCCAAGGACUUCAUCAAUCUUCCUCUCAGCCCUACAGUCGCAAAUGGGUUUGAUGAGCUCUCUGCAUCACCUUUUGCGCCUGGCCAUUCCCGGGCUUUGUCCACCGGUCUUGGUGCCUCUGGUGAUAACGAAAUGUUCGGUGGAUUCAGCUUCGUCGCUUCAAGCAGUCUGCUAGAUCAUGGAUUAGGUGUUAUGGCGGACUGA